GAUUCGACUUUGAGUUUGAAGAAGCCCACCACUCCCGAAAGACAUUCCCCGCUAUUUUGAAAGCAUUGCAAGAAGUUGCACUGAUUUCAACUUCCAGUAAACGCACACGAACUUUGCAAUCGUUGGAAGCAAAGCCCCAACAAUAACACAAUUCCUUUGUUUAUUUAUUGUGAGCAAGCUCUUCUUGGAAGCCUAGAGCUGUAUACUGUUGAAGUUAUUGGUAACAUGUCUGAGAAUCCAGUGCAGGCCUUAUUUUAUAACUUUGAGAAAGUCGCAAGUUUUGUUCAACAUCAUGUAUCUAAUUUUAUAGGCCAUCAUAUCCAGUCAUCAGGAACCGGCUCUGUCAAUGCCUCUAUCAAAGCUCCGGUUGUGAAAACUACAUCUUCUGGACAACCCCGUGGUCCUGUUGUCAAGGGUAAAUCGUCUACCCCUGUGACUAAAGAAGAGCUUGGAAGGGCUACAUGGACUUUUCUUCACACUCUUGCUGCUCAGUAUCCAGACAAUCCUACAAGACAACAGAAGAAGGAUGUAAAAGAACUGGUACAGAUCUUGUCUCGAAUGUACCCGUGCAGUGAAUGUGCAGAUCACUUUAAAGAAGUUCUUAGAUCAAAUCCUGUACAGUCUGGGUCACAUGCUGAAUUUUCUCAGUGGCUAUGUCAUGUGCAUAAUGUUGUCAAUAGAAGCAUCGGCAAACCAGCAUUUCCCUGUGAACGAGUCGAUGCAAGGUGGGGAAAACUUGAGUGUGAGCAGAAAGCAUGCGAGAUUAUUGGAAGUACAUCAAUUUUUAACUAAACAGUAGAAACUCUUUUUAGGGAAAUAGUUACAAGCUAUGCAUUGAAUUAGAACCGUUUAAUACAUCUUUUUUAUAGGACAAGAUUGGUGUUAUCUCGUGACAUUGUACUAGAGUAUGCCAGUAAAUCAUGUUACUAUAUUGUAUCCAACAAAACAAACUUUGUUUAGUCUAUAAAAUUUAAAACAUAUUAAUUUUAUUUUCUAUAAAUUUUGUUGUUUUUUUUCAAUUCUUGCUUUAAUUAAAAAGUAUUUUUUAAUAUUUCC